AUGCCAAACAGACAAGGUUCGGGUAUCACAAUCCCUCAGAAUAACUCAUUGCCCCAAUUGAUGCCCAGGUUUCCAACCUUCUUGGGUCCAUCGCUCAUCCAACCAAUUCCCGGGGCGAUUGCGAAUACUGCUGCUCCGAGUGCAGCAAGUAUUGCAUCUCUAAUUGCACCUUGUCUACAGCGUGAAUUUUUUGUCGAGUGGAGAAUGAACUGCUGCAUAUGUGGCUCUGAGUUGAAUAGCCUGCAAGACUGGCAGACGCAUUUCGCUUCCCAACACGUCGGUAUCAGUCCGGUAAGUGGUCAUUGA